AUGGGCAUGGUCCAAAAACUUUAUGGCCGGCACUAUGACCUGCACCCGCUGAACAUAUCGCCAGAGGACGUUGGCCACGCAAAGUCCUGGAACUACUUGCUGAACCAGCGUGAAGGAAGAGCCCUGCGAGUCGUGAAAGCCAUGUACCGCAAGCGCUUCAAGCAGCCAGCAGCCGCCAACAAGAACUUGGUCAUCUUUUUGGGCGACAGCCCGCCUCGGGUGACCUGGAGCGCGUGCAGCAACAGGAUACCCACCUUCAGGACCAACUCUGGCAAACUUUUCAUACCAGCACAGAAACGCUGGAUGUGCCCGAGAGAGCGCUUAGCUGCGCUGGGCUUCCCUGUGGUGCCUGCUUUGGCUUUGAGCUACGGAGUUCCCAUGCUCCCAUUCCGGGACCGGCACCGAGCUGCCCAAGUAGCAGGAAACUCGAUGCAUUUUGGGUGUGUGCUGUUGGUCCAGUUCUUGGCCCUUGCCUGUUUCACACCGCGAGGGCUGCUGCUGCAACAGAGGCAGAACUGCCAGUGGCUCCUGCCAGACCCAGACAGCGAGCCUGAGCAGCUUUCAUGCAAACCAAAUUUAAUUUGUUGGCCAGCCAGCACGACAACGUCAGCAGCCGUGAAAUCUUGA